AAAAUAUCUAAAAGUUAAUAAAAAUUUAUUUAAUACAUUUAUUAGUUAACAUAUUAAUAUUAAAAUGAUAAGCAUUUCUUAGCGUUUGACUUAAUUAUUACAAAUUUCUAGCUAAAGGGCAUUCAAUUUUCCAUAAAUUCCAUUUAGCGUUAAUCCAACACCUGUUGAUUCAGAAUAUGACUAUAUUUCUAGCAUUUCGAAAGAUUUAUUUGAAAAACAUAGAUAGGAGAUGAGCAAAUAUUGGAAAUAAGAUUAAUUAUUUGCUACAGGAAUUGCAUAAGAAUUAUGUGUACAACUUCCUAUGAAUGAUUUCGUAGCUGGGGCUAAUAUAGACAGUUUAGGCCAAUUAAAUUUUAAAAUUAAGGAUUAAAACUAUAUAAAUGGUAUUAAAGCAAUUUCAAAAGCUUAGUCUGCAUCUACUUUGGAAGUUGAUUAUUAUGGCGAUAAACAAAAGCACUGCAUUUUAUUUCCUUUUAGUUAAAUAGCUGAAAAACCUCUUUUGAAUGCAUUUAGAGGAGCUAACAUAUCUGAAACUAUGGCAAGAAUAUAAAAAACUCUCGGAAUUGAGGUUUUGAGAGUUGGAGUUAUUUAAAAUAGCUAGCCUUUUCAUGGGAUAAUAUACGCUUACUUGAAAGAAAUGCAAAAUAAAACAGGCAAGAUAGAUGAAGGUGCCAUAAACUUCUAAAAGCUAACUGAAUUUAUUGUUUCAAAGGAACUAUUUUCACAUGAAGAGGUAGCUUAAUUUGGAAAUAAAUAAAUUUAAGAAAUGGAAUCUAUAGAUCCAGCUUUAAAAGAAAUAAUGGAAAAGCUAACAAAUGCUUCAAUCGGAAAUUUCUAAGAAAGUUUUUCAAAAUUCACUCCUGAAAAUAUAAAAUUAAUUAGAGGUGAUAAACUAGAAAGCUCUACUUAGCAAUAUUUAGAAGCUUUAAGAGCAAGAGGAGUGUUAAAAAAUGAAGGUAAGCAUUUAUUGAACUAUGUUCAUAACAAAAAUAUAGCAUUUGUUGAUCCUAUUGGUUCUCUUACUCGUGAAGGUUUUUUGGUAGGACUUUUAAGAAGUUUACACAUUGAAGAUUUGGUGAAAGAAUUUCAUAUUGCAAGUGAUAUUCAAGAUGAGUUACUUUACAAAAAUAUUUAGUCUAUUUUAAAUGAAUGUGGAAUAGAUGCAAAAUUGAAUUACUACACUCACAAUAAUCUUUUUUCAGAAUAAAAUGAUAAGGCUUAAAUAAACACCCUUCAAGACCUCUUUACAUAAAUGAAGCAACUAAAUAUUGUAAAAUACAAGUAAAAAUAUCCAGAUAUUAUGCCUAAUUUGAUUGAAGAAUAAGGAGAAAUAUUUUUGGAUUAAUGUUUGGGUUGGACUAGAUACUUAGAUCAUAGAAAAAGCAGAAAAACUCCUUACUUGAUGUCUGUUGAAAAUGUUUUAGAAUUCAUUCACUCAAAUGAAGAGCUUACAAAUACAAGACAAAUUCUGCUUGAAAUGUUCGAUUCUUAUAGAAUUAGAAGAGAAGGAGUAGCUCCAAUUUCUGAUUUAUUUAUUUUUGAAAAUUAAAAUGAAAGAUUCUUAGCUAAAGUCUUAAUGUAUUUCCCAGAUAGUCUCCAUAAAAGUUUGCUAACAAAUGAAUUCAAGCCACUUAUAGAAUACUCAGAGCUUCUCAUUAGCACUAUCCACCACAUGUAAAAAUAAAAUGUAUUCAAAUCUUUUGAUCCUGAAGAUAAGCUCACUGAAAGAUAGAUAGCUAACAGAGUUGUACUUUUAGAUGCUACAAAUAAAAUUCUACAUAAACUAUUUUACAUAAUAGGAAUCCUCAAUGGCUGAAAAAUCUAGAAAUUUAUAUAAAUAUUUAAAUAAC